AUGAACAGCUCUGCCCACGACUAUAAUGAUCUGUACGACCCACAAGUAUUCAGUCAAAGUCAAUUCUUCGUAGGAGAUUCCAGCUCCUACUCCUUUGGCAACCAAUCAUUCCACUCUUCUUUGUAUCAACCUCCUCCAUUGCACUACACCUUCUCUCCAAAUGUCCCUGUUUCAUAUGACAACAUACAAUGGAACAGCAAUGUAAGAAUGCUCUACAAAUGUAAUUCCUGUGGGAAGGAACAUAGUGAAGAUACUGUUCUAAAGAAGUACAGAAACAAGCCGGAGAAAUUUGUAUGUUCCGGAUGUCAUAAAUGGAGCAAGAAUCUCAAUGAGCCGCUUCUCGCCGCAUUUCAAGAUGCCAUUGGGAAUGCCCAUUUCAAAAUGAAUGUUUUCUUGAAAAACUUCAAGAAAAAUCAUGGAGUCAAUAUUGAAGAAAGGUCAAUUCGCAGCCACUUGGAUAAACUGAUCAACGAAUUCAUCAAAAGAUCAGAUGACUCCAAGAUGAUAAUCAAGAUGCUUCGCUGCGCAGAGACGACCAUUCCAGCCGAUGGGAAUAUUCUCGAUAGGAUCAAAAAAUUAGGCAAGGUAGAAACUGAGAUCAAAAGAAAAGGCGUCCGGGUGGUCAAGUUCGUCAGUGAAACCGAAGGAAUCGAAUCAUUUCCAACGGUAGAACUUGCUUCUGAACGUCAUCACUCAGCGAAUCUUGAUGACGAUUUCUCAACAUUCGAUGGCUCUUUCUUGCCAGCAAUGAGUACACCUAACUCGUCCAUACAAAACCCAUCACUGACUUCAGAAGAUAACGUGAAAAGGGAGGAAAAUGAAAUCAAAAGAGAGCUAGAAGAUGAGGAAGCGCGUACUCCACCAAAAAGAGAAAGGAAAGAGGAAAAGAAGCCGUUGGAAAUCUCCCCAUGUGCCCCCGUGCCAUCGACUUCGGCCGGAAUAUUCUUCUUCAUCUUCAGCGACUUCUUGAACAAAUUGAGCGGAUCGUUGAACAACGAGAACCCAAAUCUAGAGAAAUUCAUAAAAGCUAUCAAUGAGGAAAUCGGAAAGAUGAGCACCGAAUUGGCGGAGAAAAAAGUCCUCUACCGGCAGAUCCAUUCCUGGCUGCAUGGUAUCUUCAAUGCGGUAAAAUAUGGAAUUGAGACCCGCCCAGUCGCGGAAUCCGAUGAGUUGGUGGUUGUGGCCGAAUUCCUCAAAUUCAAAGAUUUUCUGAAGAUUUUUGAACAACUGGCGAGUCACUUUAGAUUCUUUGACACAUCAUUCGAAAUUUUGAUUAAGGAAGUUGGAGAUGCAAUUCAAAAUUCUGCUGACGAACAAGUUUUGAACGCGAAUGAAAUCCCCGGACUGGUGAAAUUCAUUUACGAUCAGAAUGGAGUCAAAAUCAAACAAUCGGUACGAUUCCACUGA